AUGUUUGCUCUCCUGAUUUGUAUCUUGACGCUGCAUCUGGUGCACUCUGCCUGUGUCGUGCAAGCGGUUCAGGCUGAGAUUGUUGACCUUCACGACGCCUUCAGGAGAGCGGUUCAGCCUCCUGCUUCUGACAUGCUGAUAAUGGUCAGUCCCGCUUUCUACUCACACCCAUUAAUCUGUGCUGCCACGUGUUUCAUCACUACCUGGCACAGCGAGGUGUCACACUACCUGUAUCCCAAUGGCUCCACCAACGGACAAUCUAUUGGUCACUACACACAGGUAACAUUUACCUGUUCCUAGAAAAAUGAUGUUGGCUGUAGCGUGAUGUCGUGCCAUAACAACAUCUAUUUCUAUGGUUGCCAUUAUUUCCAAGCGAAACUCAGGGGAUGGCGUCCUCACAAGGCUGGACCCCAGUGUGCUUCCUGUCCCGAUAACUGUGAAGACAACCUCUGCACCAACCCCUGUCCUGAUAUAAACCACUUUAUCAACUGUCCAGUCUUGAAACACAUGUUUGGAUGUGAUAAUAAGAUGGUGUAUUGCUGGUGUCCUGCUUCAUGCAAAUGCACCAAUAAAAUCCUCCCAAUGGCCUAA